AUGUUAUUAGAGCAAUAAUAAUAAUAAUGUUAAUUAUUGACUGAUAUAAAAGUUUAGCACACAGAUGAUUAGAGUCGAUAAAAGAUAUUGCAUUUCAAAAGCUCUUUAGUAAUAAAGACAAGUAUCGUAUUACUGCAUAUGAAGAUUUAGAGCAAUAUAUAGGUGGAAUGCUAGCAAGCAUGUUGCCAAUAUAAGAUGAUGAUUAUUUAGAAAAAAGAACCAGCAUUGAAAGAAAAGUUGAGCAUGCAGAAUUUAAAGGUAAACUGGAAAUAGUAUAGAAAUAGCUAAAUCAAAUGUUGCUAGAUAACGAGCGUAUUGUUAAAAUUAUUAAGUUCACCAAGUUAAGUAGAGAGACAAAUAUUAAGCUUAAAAAUAGGUUAGUCUAUGGAAUAUCGAAAUUUAUGAAAUAUUUUUGCAUCAUCAGGAUUUUUUUAUAAUGCAUAAUCAUUAAAUUCUAAAACUUCUUCAAAUCGAUUUAAAGUAUUUAAUAAAGUUGCUAUAUUUUACUAUUAACCAUUUACCUUUAUUAUAAAAUUUAUCAGCAUCAUCAGGAUUUUUUUAAAUUGCAUAAUCAUAGUAUUAUAAAGCUUCUUCAAAUAGAUGUAAAGCAGACAGUAGCAUUGCUAUGUUUUAUGAUUAAACCAAUUUAACCUUUAUUAUAAAAUAUAGCAGCAUCAUCAGGUUUUUUUAAAAUUGCAUAAUCAUAAUAUUUUAAGGCUUCUUCAAAUCGAUUUAAAAUAUUCAAUAACAGUGCUAUAUUGAAUAAUUCUAUCAUUUUUAUCUUUAUUAUAAAAUAUAUCAGCAUUAUCGGAGUCUUUUUUUAAAU